AUGCCGGUGGUAUCCUCGCUGUUUCCGCUCGUUCGUCAAGCCGAUUUCGAAUGGAUGGGUGGGGGGCUAGAGGGGAGGGAUGGCGUAACUGUCGGUGACGGGGCAUCUUUGGCAGGGCUAUUCGUGGCGCUGAUCGUAGGUAUCCCCACCACGAUCGUUGCGAUCCUUGCGAUCAUGGUGUAUCUCAGGUCAAAUGAUGGGUCUGAAACAGGUAUUCAUCCUACGAGCCAACAGAGCACCAGUACAGAGAUAGAGCUUCGUAACAUACCUGCUGCCCAAGAUCCUGCAGUUCCUCGUACGGAGCAUUCCAUAGCAACUGCUGCUCAGAGUGUUCCAGCGACACGUACGGAACGGGAAGCUCCCGUUCUGUCUACUGCUCCCACCGUCUAA